UGGAGAAAACAGGACGACGAUGCAUAAAUGUUACACCUUCCUGAUCUUCAUGGUGCUGCUGCUUCCUUCGCUCGGACUCAGCAGUCUGGAUGUUUUCUUCCGUUGGCUCUUUGAUAAGAAGUUCCUCGCCGACGCUAAAGUCAGAUUUGAGUGCGUCUUCCUGCCGGAUAACGGAGCGUUCUUCGUGAACUACGUCAUCGCCUCCGCGUUCAUCGGGAACGCCAUGGACCUGCUGCGGAUCCCCGGUCUGCUCAUGUACAUGAUCCGCUUGUGUCUGGCUCGCUCGGCCGCCGACCGCCGCAACGUCAAGAGGCAUCAAGCCUACGAGUUCCAGUUCGGAGCAGCGUACGCCUGGAUGAUGAACGUCUUCACCGUGGUGAUGGCCUACAGCAUCACCUGCCCCAUCAUCGUCCCCUUCGGUCUGAUGUACAUGCUGCUCAAACACCUGGUGGACAGGUACAACAUGUACUACGCUUACCUGCCCUCCAAACUGGACAAGAAGAUCCACUCUGGAGCCGUCACCCAGGUGGUGGCUGCACCCAUCCUCUGCCUCUUCUGGCUGCUCUUCUUCUCCACCGUACGCACAGGUUUUGAGACGCCGACCUCCAUGUUCACUCUGGUGGUCCUGAUCGUCACCAUCGUGGUCUGUCUGUCUCACGUCUGCUUCGGACACUUCAAGUACCUCAGCGCUCACAACUACAAGAUCGACACCAAGGAGACGGACGUGGACGCUGUGGAGAACGGACGUCCAGCUCGUCCCUCGUCCUCACCGACCAUCAAGUCUCAGCAGCAGCAACAGCAGCAGCAGCAGAUGUACAUCGCUCAGGUACUUCAGGACCCAAACUCAGACGAGCCGGGCGGUGGCAGCGGCGAGGAGGACCGGGGGUCGUCCCAGGACGAAGAGAUGCUGAACGGAGGGAACAGCAUCAACGAGGCGGAUUUCCAGUCAGGGGAGGACAGUCUGAUCGCCAACGAGGUCCACCAGUAGCUGGGGGCGGAGCU